AUGGAAGAUAGUGAAUUAUAAUAAACGAUAGCAGGAUAAAGAAAAAAUUCACAUAUUGAUGAUAUAUAACACACUAGAACUACAGUAAAAUAUGAUAUAGAAAUAGUGGUAAAGAUUAAAUAAAAAUGUUCUUUGUUUGAUUUUAUUUUUAAAUAUAGUUGGGAUAGUGUUAUUGAUAGUAGGGUAUUAUAAUAGAAUGAUUAAUAAAUAGAGGAUGUUUAUAUUCAUAAGGAAUUUAAGGAGUUAUAGCAAUGUUUGUAUUAGGUGGGAUUUGUCUACUUCCUGGAAUCUAUGCAUUACAUCAUAUCAUAAAAGCAUUUCGUGCUAAAAGUAUAGACGAAAGAGAUCGAGCUUUGGAAGAUGUUCCAGAAUGA